ACCGGGGGACACAGAGGCACAUGAUAUUUUUCAGGUUACCUGUUUCAUGUACUACUGUCACGAUAUAGCGGCCGUUUUAUAAAAAUAACUUGUUUUAAUCAUAUUUGCUCCAAUCUCGCCUACUUGAUGCUUUAACGUGGGGGAUUUUAGGGGCUCCAUAGUAAAAAUAGGCUCGUCCCUCUGAUGUCGUUGUGGCACAUUUGGCUUCCCAUCAAUGUGUGGGGUAAAGGAUGAGGUGUCAGUCACAUUCACUCCAGGGUUUAGACUCUGAGUACUCCAUUGUUGAGUUUAAUUCUAUCAACAUCUGGAGUCCUAGAUCAUAUUUAUCACCUUUACUUAAUCACCAAAUUUGGGUUGUAAUACUUGAUAGAGACUUGAGGUUAACUCACCACUUAGUAAAUUAAAUGAACACAAUCCCAAACUAGGUUUUAUUUUGACAGAAUAGGCUCAGUGGUGUUUGGGUGGAGUCUGGAAACCAUUGGCUCUGGUUCACUUUCAUGAAGCCAUGAUGACAUUUACUCUGAAGUACGUUAUACAUGAUUGAUCUGUGACUGACUGACAAAUAGCUAACCAUCUUUUGGCGCAUGCAAUCAGGUUUGAAGGAGUUGGGUGUGUUGAUACCAUUUGUUAGUCCAUUCUGGGUGAAUGUGAUGUGUACAGUUAGUAGAUUUCUGUAGACUUUAUGAUCACAUAACUGCUGUUGACAUUACCUUUUCAAGUCAGAAUUUUCUAACCUCCCAUGACCUCCCAUGACCUCCUCUGACCGGUGUUCACUGUUUUUGCACAGAUUCGGUGCGUUUGAAAUGUCAUUAAGCAAUACGCUCUGAAAUGGUGUGUCCAGGUAAUCCACCCUAACGCCAUUAUUUGUUUUGGUUGUUUUCCAUUUUGUGUCAAUGCAAUGUAUAUUGGACAUGAUGCUCAAUAAAGUGUGUAAACAGAGUGGCCUGUAAUUUAGUUUGUGUUUUACAUUUUAGAUGAGAACACGCUCUGGGUUCAAGUAUAUUAGACCUGUGCUGUGUAAUAGGAGCCCUUGGAAUAGAGUCAGGUUUCAGGGCUGGUUUCAUGUCUCCGUCCGGCUCCGCUGGCUGCAACACAUCAUGUAGCAGCAGCGUCUCCGACAACGAAUAUUAACAAUGAGGAAGCAGGUUACGUUUGUUGAGCAGCUGAAGAAAGAAAAGCUGGUAAAGAAUGGAAGUGGUCACAUCUUCAUGAGGUCUACAGAAUCUAACCGCAGAAGCACAGGAGGCUUUGAAUGUCGACCUGGUCAGCAGGUGAGAGAGAUGUACAGAGGAACACAUGUUACUGUGUCUGCAGGCGGCCAGCACAUGAAGACAAUACACCUUCCCAACUCUCUGACGUCUGCACCCUUCUUACAGGUCUUGUUUGUGUCUCAGCAUCCAGCCCUCACAGCUGGACAGAGACGCUACCUCUGCAGUAUAGCCACCGUCUACAGCACAGAGCACAUGAGGCAGCAGAUGAAGCAGCACUAUCUCAAUGUGCUGCACACGUGUGUUCAGUCAGGUGUGUAUCUACACGUCUCUCAAACAUAGGACCCAGGGCCACUACCACCCAUCUCAUGGUGUGUCAUC